AUGUUUAAUACAAUAUAUGUAAAUGCGAUGUUUUUAAGUUUUACUAGUAAUGUGUCAUUUAAAGCAUAUCUGGCAGCCAUACGCGAGUCUCGUAUGUAUGGUUCCAUAUCAAAGCCAAGAGGACUACAAACGGGGGAGACCACGGAUCAAACACUCACCGUGACGGUGACAGCAAACAGUAUCGACUAA